UUCGCCAGCAUGAGGAGAGUGCUGGCCAUUUUUCUGUUCCAUCUGCUCUUGGAGCAUUAUCACAGCGACGCUGUGAUAUUCAAGAUGACGAAUGCCGUCUGCGAAUCGUACAACAAAUCCUGGGUGGAGUUCAAUGUUUGCCGCUUGAGGGCCGUCAGUCGGAACAAGGUUUGCUUCAAUGUGGAUGCCAUGCUGCACCAUCCGGUCCACAAUGUGUUUGUCAAAGCGCAGCUCAUGAAGCGGGCCAACGGCUACAAGCCCUGGCUGUACAAGGUCAACUUUGAUGCCUGCCAGUUCAUUAGAAGGCGCAACAGUGCAUUGGUUCGCAUAGUUUGGGAACUGUUCAAGGAGUACUCGACGAUAAAUCAUACAUGUCCUUAUGUGGGCCUGCAGAGGGUCAAGGACUUCUAUUUGAGAUCUGAAAAGCUGCCAACGCCCAUACCAACGGGCGAUUAUCUGCUGCUCAUCGAAUGGGUGUUCAACAAAAAGCCGCAGGCUGCCACAAAUGUUUACUUUACCUUCGUGGAGGAUCUAUGAAAGAAUAGCACGUGGCUUUGUCAGUCAUUUGUCAUUAAUAAAACUGUUUAGUAGCGCGUU